AUGUUCACCAGGCCUGAGGGCAUUCUUCUGCUUUUGGCAAUUGCAGCCUGCUUUUUCUCUACCUUGUGGCUGGACCACCUGGAACAUUUUCUAACUUGUUUUGUGGAAAUCAUCAAAGUGAGGGACAUUACCACCACACUAGAAAGAAGAGCAGAGAGACAUUCCUAUCCUAAUCCGAAGCUGAGCCUUGUCCUGGGGAUAUGUCGCCGGGUAUCCAAGGCAACAGGUCACAAUAACAUCUCAGGUCAACGCUGCCGGCCCCCAGGGCUCCUCUGGCAGCUGAUGAAUCCGGCUGGGGAUACCAGUUGGAAUUCCUAUGAAACGACAGUGAUGCAUGUAUACACACCUAAAAAAGGAGAAGUUCAUGUCCCAGUUCGUCGUGGUAAUAUAAAACAGUUAGGAUAUACAUACAAGCUCAGCGAUCCUAUCAACACUGAAACAUUAUACAAAGAACAGUUCUCUUGGAAACCAUAUUCUAAAGAGGAAAUGAUAAGACCUAUAACUUCAAGCUUUAGAACCAAAAAUCUCCAUACUUGCCGGCUUACAAAAGGGAUUCAAGACACUUCUCCAUGGAGAAUUCCUGCUUCGAUACAAGAAAUUCGAAGAGCAAUAGCAGAUCAGUAUAUAUCUCGUUCCCAGGAAGACUUUGUGGAUAAAUCAAAAUUAAUGAAAAUGAAACGCACUAUACAUGUGCCACUUGACUGGAAAAAAUUGCUUCCUCGGCGUCUAGAAACUGAGUUUAGACGUAAUUUCCAAGUCCCUGUGAAGAUACCAGAAUUACAAAGCAUGAAUUUCAAAUAUGGAUGUAAUGCAGCACUACCAGUUCCUGCUUUUGGACCUGUUCCUUCUCUAUUACUUAGUCACAUUUGGAAUCAAGAACAUACAAAGAAACAAAGUACAUAUGAAAGACAUUAUGGAAAGGAAUACUUAGAUUUUGUAACAAUUCUGAAUUCACUCAGUGAGUCUGAAAUCAAGGAAUACCUUGAGACAGUUCCAGAGAGUGAAAGAAAAAUUCUUCAGCAUUUUCUAGAUAAAAAUUACAAAAGUGGAAACAAGCAUAGAUGA